AUGAAGGCCGAUCAAUCCCCUCAUCGCUUUUACCUACUCACAUGCCCUCGAACGGCAUCGAACCUCCUCGUGAAGAUCCUCGCACUUGAGGAGCAGCCCAGAGUUGCACUCCGCAAGGAUGGAGGUUAUUUCUUCUCGCCGCUGCAUUUGCUGAAAUACGAUCUCGGCUGCGUCGACACGCAUGUUGAAGAAUUGACACCCGACCAGAAGGAGAAGCAAAAAAAAUGUAUGAAGAAAUGUUUCAAUGAGCUACUUCAGCACCUUCACCAUGCUGAGUCGGAAGGGAAGCUCGUUGUUGUAAAGGAGCAUACCCAAUUUCUGGCAGACCCGGUCGCGGAAACAAGGCUCCUCUAUGGCCAGGAAAGCAUUGCCAAAGAGCUGCCUUGGAUGCUGCGUGGUCGAGAAGACUUGGUACAGACGAUGGAGGGUCGCUCAACGGAAAACGAAACCAUACUCUCGGACAAGUUCUUAAAGAUGUGGCAACCUAUCUUUGUGAUCAGACAUCCAGCACUGUCUUUCCCCUCGUGGUAUCGCGCCUCCGUGCGAGCCGAUGGCAAGGAAUUUGCCAAGUCGGCCCGCGGGAGACGAAUUUGCAGGGCGGUCAUGACUCUGCGAUGGACUCGCAAACUGUAUGACUUCUACUCCGAGCAUUUCAGUAAAUCCGACGCCCAGCCCGAGACGAAAGUCAACCAUGUUACCUGGCCCUUGGUCCUCGACGCCGACGAUUUUAUAACCCAGCCUGCAGUGCUUGUUAAGCUAUGCCAGAUUAUUGGGCUGGAUAGUAGCAAGCUGAGGUAUAGCUGGGAAAAGGACGUUCAGCCCCGGCGGCCUGGAAUCAUGGCAUUUCGAUCAACAAUCGAUAACUCGACGUCAAUUGACACCACAAAGGUAGCUGGAAAUAUCAAUCUGGACGAUGAAGCAGAGAAAUGGAAACAAGAGUUUGGAGAGGAGAUUGGCUGGAUGGUAGAAAAGCAUGUGCGAUCUGCAAUGCCGGACUACAGCUAUCUGAAAUCCAGAAGGCUCAUGGUAUAG